GGCGAAUCUCAUUUUGAUUGUGUCUUAACAACCCAUAAAAACAAUCUCAGAAUCGCCACAUUUAUCAAGAAUUUCUAAUCCGCAAAAUAUAAACCGAAAUAUCAGUUUGAACUUUUUGAACUUAAAAGAUUUCGUACAAUCCUAUAAAAACCCAUCUCUUUAGAGCUAUUAAAUCAGUACUCGCGGUAAUAUGAAACACUUUAAAACGGGAUUUGUCGCAUUGGUCUGCCUCCUAUUUUGGGCAAACGAAGGAGCGGCCCAUUUAUUGGAAAAUAAUUGCGGAACAAUAAGGCAACCUUCCAGAUUUAAGCGAGUAGUAGGAGGACAAGAUGCUGAAAUAUUCUCGAAUCCAUGGCUAGCUAUUCUCCUUCAAGAUCAGGAAUAUCGCUGUACCGGAUCCCUCGUUACCUCUCGUUUUGUUUUGACGGUAGCGGAUUGCUUCAAUAAUUCUAACUCGGCGCCUACUAAGGUACGUCUGGGCGAUUAUGACAGGAAUAGAGCGCAAGAUUGUUCUUCUUUGGGUUGCUUGCCGAGGACCUCUGAUAUUGAUAUCGAGCGUGUUAUUCCACACCCAAAAUUUGAGUUUACUCCAGGAAAUGUGAAUAACAUAGCUCUGGUUCGAAUAGCUGAAGAGAUUUUAUUUUCAGAUUAUAUCCGGCCGAUUUGUCUGCUCGUCAAUCAACCUCUUCUGAAACAAUUUUCAUCAUUUAUAGUCGCUGGCUGGGGUCAUUAUAACCGAGUAAGGAAAGAGGUGCUACAGACAGCCAUUGUCCGCCAUCGCGAUAUUGAGGAGUGCAAAAGUAUUCUUCAGAUGAAUAAUUUAUCUAAGGACCUUAUAUGUGCCGGCGAUACAACCAGUGACACAUGUUUCGGAGAUGGAGGCACUCCCCUAACUGCGGAGAUAGUCUAUGAAAAAGUUUCUCGGAUUUUCCAGUUCGGGCUUUCAAGUUUUGGAUUUACGGCAUGUAAAGGCCCCAGUGUUUAUACCAAUGUUACGUACCAUAUGAAAUGGAUAGAGGAUACGCUUUUUCAAUUUAUAAAUAAGAACAGCCGAUAAGGAUUUGCGAUCUUAGACCGCAUUUCUUAGUAAAAAAUUCUCCUUUUCAAGUAACUGGCAUUUUUAGGGUUAUCCUUUUGAAAAGUCACAAAUGUUUGUGUAUUUCUACUCCUGCUAUUGGUAAAUAAAAUACAAACUGGAA